AUGGGGCUAGAAAAAGUAGCAUUGAUAGGCUCUGGUAAUUGGGGGUCGGUUAUCGCAAAUAUCAUCGGAAAAAAUGUACAAUUGCAUCCGGGAUUCGAUCAUGAAGUAAAGAUGUGGGUGUUUGAAGAAAUCAUCAACGGGCAAAAAUUGACCGAUAUAAUCAACGAGACGCAUGAAAAUACUAAGUAUCUUCCCGGUUUUAAAUUGUCGAGCAAUUUAAAAGCAGUUCCGGAUUUAUUGGAAGCUGCACAUGAUGCUACAGUAUUGGUGUUUGUUAUUCCACAUCAGUUUGUAAAAGGAGUUUGCAAUCAACUUAAAGGGCGAAUUCUCCCGAAUGCCAAGGCGAUCUCCCUCGUCAAAGGUGUCGAUGUGGACGAAACAGGACUUCACCCAAUAACACAAAUAAUCUCUGAGAACCUAAAUAUCAGUGUGUCGUCACUAAGUGGGGCGAAUAUUGCCAAUGAAAUCGCCAAGGAAAAUUUCUCAGAGACCACGGUCGGAUACCAUAUUCGCGAAGAAGGAGAGCUUUUCAAACAUCUACUUGAGACACCAUAUUUUCGCGUGGGGAUUAUCGAGGAUGUCAUUGGCGUGGAACUCUGUGGCGCGUUAAAGAAUGUAAUUGCUAUUGCGGCUGGUAUUAUUGAUGGUCUAAAGUUGGGUGAAAAUGCAAAGGCGGCCGUCAUUCGAAUCGGACUAUUGGAGAUGAAAAAAUUUGCGCAGACAUUUUAUGCGGGGGUAAAGGAUGAGACAUUUUUUGAAAGUUGUGGUAUUGCUGAUGUUAUCACUAGCAGUUAUGGUGGAAGAAACAGAAGAGUAGCGGAAGCAUUUGUUACCACACAGAAGCCUUUUGAGCAAUUGGAAAAAGAGCUAUUAGCAGGACAGAAGCUGCAAGGGACACUCACUGCCCGAGAAAUCAAUUCCGUGUUAAGAAGAAAAGGACUUGAAAACGAGUAA